AAAAAAAGACGGGCUUACAUUGAAAGAGAUCGGGAGUCAGGCCAUACACGGUUAUGGAAUUACUUCAGUGAGAAUACAACGUAUCCAUCUCAUUUGUUCAGACGUCGUUUUCGAAUGAAUAAGCCAUUAUUCAUGAAAAUUGUUGAUCACCUAUCCAACGAAUUUUCAUUCUUCCGACAAAAAAAAGAUGCUGCUGGAAGACCUGGUCUCUCGGGACUUCAGAAAUGUACAGCAGCAAUUCGUCUCUUAGCUUACGGUACUGCAGCUGAUGCAGUAGACGAAUACCUCCGGCUUGGUGAUUCUACGGCUCGGUCAUGUUUGGAACAUUUUGUUGAAGGAAUAAUAUAUUUGUUUGGUGAAGAAUACUUAAGGAGACCCACACCAGAGGAUCUCCGAAGACUACUUUAUUUUGGAGAAAACCGCGGAUUUCCCGGAAUGAUAGGAAGCAUCGAUUGUAUGCAUUGGGAGUGGAAGAAUUGUCCCACCGCUUGGAAAGGGCAAUAUACACGUGGUGCUGGGAAACCCACAAUCGUUUUGGAGGCGGUAGCUUCAUAUGAUCUUUGGAUAUGGCACACAUUUUUUGGUCCCCCAGGUACCUUAAAUGAUAUAAAUGUUCUUGAUCGUUCACCCGUGUUUGAUGAUAUCGUACAAGGUAAAGCUCCGAAAGUGAAUUUUUCUGUCAACGGAAGGGAUUACAAUUUGGCUUAUUAUCUCACUGAUGGUAUUUACCCAAAUUGGGCUACGUUUAUCAAAUCUAUACCACUUCCGGAGGGGCCAAAAGCUUGUAAAUUUGCUAAAUAUCAAGAAGCUACCCGAAAAGAUGUCGAGCGUGCUUUCGGAGUCUUACAAGCUCGGUUUGCAAUUAUUAAAAACCCAGCUCUUUUUUGGGAUAAAGCAAAAAUCGGAAAUAUUAUGAGAGCAUGUAUCAUUCUCCACAACAUGAUAGUAGAAGACGAACGAGUUGAAAAAACUCAAUACGAUCUUUCAGAUUUCCAACACGGAGAUGGCCACGGUAGUUCACAUGUGAGUCAGAACUAUUCAACAGAUAUGCCUUCAAAUAUUGCUGAUAUGAUGGGCACUCGGAAGAAAAUUAAAGAUAAACAAGUACAUCAACAAUUGCAAGCUGAUUUGGUUGAACACAUUUGGCAAAAGUUUGGAGAUGAAGAAGAUUAA